AAUAAAUCUCAAAACUAUCCCAAAAUUUUUCUAUCAUAAAAUGAACCCUUAUACCUCCCUAUAGAUAUAAACUCGAAAUUUCAUUUGAGUAGAGCCACAUAUACUCAUAGUUAUAAAACUCCAAAGAUCAAACAAUGGCAUCAAACGCUUGCAAACUCCUUUGCCUCGUUCUCUCACUCGCCUUCGUCACCCAAGGAUAUGCAUUUAUAUGGAGGGACUGCAAACCAAACGAUCUAAUUGUGACACAAUCGAAGACCGGAAAAUUGGUUCAGAACAAACCAGAGUGGGAAGUGAAAGUGACGAACCCUUGUAAGUGCCAAUUCUUACACGUAAAGCUGUCAUGUGCCGGUUUCAGUUCGGUCACACCCAUCAGCUCCUCGGUGUUGAUUCAUGUCAAUGACAAUUGUUACCUCGGAGGCGCUGGCAUGGUCAUGCCUCACUUAGACGUCGUAUUCAACUACGUAUGGGACACCAGCUUCGACUUCAAGGAAAAUGGAACGAAAUUUUCAACCGAUAUCAUAAUGCCACAAAAUAUCAGUAGGAAAAAACUCCACCAAAAUCAAACAAUGGCAUCACCAGACGCUUGCAAAGUCCUUUGCCUCGUUCUCUUGUUCGCCUUUGUCAUCCAAGGGUAUGGGGACUGUGGUCUUAAUUAUCUAUCUGUGAAACAAUCGAAGACCGGAAAAUUGGUUCAGAACAAACCGGAGUGGGAAGUGAGAGUGACGAACCCAUGUAAAUGCAAAUUCCAGUACGUAAAGUUGUCAUGUGCCGGUUUUCAAUCGGUCACUCCCGUCCCUACCUCGGCGUUGUCGAAAUCUGGUGACCAGUGUCUCCUCGACGCCGGUAAACUCAUCUUCCCUCAUGUAGACUUCGUUUUCAAAUACGUGUGGGACACGAGCUUCGACCUCAAGGUUGUCGACGGCGUGAUCGUUUGCUCUUAAUUAAUUCUCUACUUGGAUGGUUUCAGUUUUGGUUCGCAUAUGAAACUAAUGUUUAUUACUUAAGUUCUGCCAAAAUCAUUAGCUUGAUAUUAAUAAAGUCGACAGUCGCUUUUUUUGGGGGGGUUAUUAAUUCUCUUAACAGAAAUUAAAAUGCAAACCUCGAAAAGCCGUAAAAUUACGGGAAAUACUUAAGAAUUGG